AUGGAUAACGAAGCAACUACUGUUCUUAAUAACGGUGACAAUACUGAUACAAAUUUACCAGCUAAUAUACCUACUGAUAAUGGUUCUCGACGUAGUUCACGUGUUGGUUCUGCUCGUUCAGGUCGUAGUAAAGCAGCAUCCGUACGUGAAGCACCUGCUGUUGAUGGUUCAAAUGAACGGAAAACAUCUGCAAAUGGUGUUACAUCUCCAAAACCAGAUGUAAUUACUAAUGGUGAUCGACAACAUUCAGCUGUGGUUAACUCUAAACCUGCAUCACCUAUAGUGCCCAUAGUUGAUACACCUAGUGGUGAAUUUGAUGAUGAUAAUAUGAAUCAAGAAGAUGGACAUGUUAAAUCAGAAAUUGAAUCUAUUUUUGAAUAUAUUCAUAAACUUGUUACACUUCCUGGUUUGGAUGAAAAAAUGUGGACAGACGGAAUUCAUGAACGUAUUCGUGAUUAUCUUAAUGAUCCUGAUAAUCGUAUAAUGUGUUUUUAUAUUGAUCGUGUACUUGGACUUUGUGUUGACUUUGGUGUACCAACAAAUCCAUUUACACAUUUAGUAUUUUUUAUAAAAAAUCAAGCAAUCCGUAUUUUUGAAAAAGAACAAUUUAUUCAUGAAGUCCAAUAUGGUAAUUUUGGUGGUAAACAUUUUUCUUCUCUUCUUCGUUUAAUGUCUGGUCUUUAUGCUCCAUUAUUUUUUGGUAAUAAAAUGUGGCCAGAUUCAAUAAAAAAUGAUUUUGCAUCACAAUUACAUCGUUUUCUUGCAACAUUAACUGAUAUUCGUUGGCGUAUGGAAGGUAUAACAAAAUUAUAUAUACCAAAAGAAGGUUUAGAUAUUCCAAUUGAACAAGCAGCAAAAGAUAAAGAAUUAGUUCAACGUUUAGAAUCAGCUAUGGUUCAUUGGUGUCGACAAUUAAAAGAUGUUUCACAUUCACAAGAUGCAUCUAUUGUUGAUGAAAAUAGUGGUCCAUUAGAAGAAAUUGAAUUUUGGAAAGCUCGUAGUCAAGAUUUAUUAGGUAUUAGUCAACAACUUGAUCAACAAUCAAUUAAACAAAUAACACAAAUAUUAAAAAUAGCUAAAUCAUCAUAUUUAUCACAAUUUCUUAAAUUAGCUGAUCAAUUACAAUCGAAUACAAAACGUGCUGAUAAUAAUUUAACAUUUUUACUUGCAUUAAAAGAUCCAUGUCAUGAAUUAGCUGAUGCUAAACCAAAUGAAAUACCAAGAAUUUUACCUAAAUUGAUUUCUUUAAUUCGUGUUAUUUGGAUUAAUUCAGAAUUUUAUAAUCGAUCAGAAAUGUUAACUGCACUUUUUCGAAAACUUAGUAAUGAAGUUAUUCGUCGAUGUACAGCAGCAAUUGAUCUUGAUAAAAUUUUUGAUGGUAAUAUUAUAUCAAGUCAAAAAACAUUAAAUGAAUGUAUUGAAUGUUGUCAACAAUGGCAAGAAAUUUAUAAUAAUGCUCAAAGUCUUCAUGAAAAAUUUUCAUUAAAAGGUUGGCGUCUUGAUAAAACAACAAUUUUUGCUCAAAUUGAAGCAUUUAUUCAACGAUGUCGUGAUUUACUUGAUUUAUGUGAAUGUCAAAUGCAUUUUGCACGUUGGGAAGAAGGUGUUCGAACUGAAUUACCAAUAUUUGGUGGACAACGUGGUCCAUCAAUUAAUCGAAUGUUAACAGAAAUUGAAACAGCAUUUGAUAAAAAUUUACAAGAAUUAAGAAAAGUACAACAUACAAUAUUAAAUGUUAAAGCAACAACAUGGCAUGAAGAUUAUAAUCGUUUUCGAUCAGCAAUUAAAGAUCUUGAAGUUAUGAUGACAAAUGUUAUUACAUAUGCAUUCGAUGCUGUUAAAACAGUUGAACAAGGUGUUGAAGCUCUUGACGUUUUUACACAUUUAAAUUCAAGAGAAGCAAUUCGUCGCACAUUAGAUAAAAAAACUGUUGAUUUAUAUAAUAUAUUUAAAUAUGUACUUCAAACAAUUCAAUCAAUUAUAUCAACAUCAUCCAUUCCUCAAUCACUCGAUCGUUUUCAUCCUCAUUAUGCUGGUAGUGCAUUUUGGGCACGAAAUUUAAAACGUCGUAUUGAACGUAUGAUGUCAUUUUUAAAUAUGGCACAUUUUUUACCUAAUGUUGGUAUAUCAACAAAUAUUCGACAACAAUAUGAAUAUGUUAAACAAGCAUUAGAUGAUUUUAUUCAACGACAAUUUAAAGAAUGGUCAUAUCAUAUUGAAAAUGAACCAACAAAAAAACUUGAAUGUCCAUUAAUAAAACGUAUUAAUGAUGAAGGUUAUUUACAAGCAAAUUUUGAUCCAUCAUUAAUAAAAUUAUUUCAAGAAAUUAAAUUUUGGGAACGUCUUGGUUUUGAUAUUCCACCAUAUGCAACAGAAAUUUUAUCACGAAAAAAUGAAUUACGUACAGCACGUGAAAAUGUUAUGUUAAUUGUACGUGAUUAUAAUCGUAUAUUAGAUAAAUUAGAACCUAAUGAACGUAUUUUAUUUAAAGAACGUCUUAAAGUAUUAGAUAAAAAAUUAGCACCAGGUUUAAAUAAAAUAACAUGGCUUAAACCAACACAUGAAUAUACAAUUGAAUGUCGUAUACAUGCAUCCGAAUUACAACAACAAGUUGAUAAAUUUAAACAAUCUUAUCUUGAUUGUAUUAAAUUAUGUAAAAAAAUUAGUGAAACACUUUUAGUUAAAAUUGAUACAAGAAAAAUUUUUGAAAAUCUUGAAUUUGAAGAAUAUCAAAAACAACAUCGUAAAAUUGCAAGUGAAAAAAUUCGCGAAUAUUUUAAUGAAAUUUUAAGUAAAAUUCAUGAAACUCACAAAAUAUUUGAAAACGAUCCACCAGAUGUUCAACAUGAAUGGAAUCGUAUUAUUAGUGAAUUAGAUAAAUGGCUUGAACGUGCUAUUAGAUAUAAUUUUAAAGCAUCACUUACUGAAUUAUCUAAAGCUAUUAAUGGUGAUGGAAAAGCUGCACCAGGACCUUUAUUUAAAAUUGAAAUUAUUCUUGAACCGAAAACAGUUGGUGAUACAACUUUAUCACGAAUUAAUUUUAAACCUGAUUUAGCUACAUUGAAAGCUAUUAUAAAUAAUAUUGGUGAACAUGAACUAGCUGAUUCAAUUACAUUUCUUCGUAGACUUAGGCCAAGAACAAAUGAAGAACCACUUCAUAUGUUACUUAAUAAAGAUGAAGCUAAACAACAUUUAAAACAUCAAAUAGCUAUUGGACUUGAUGCAAAUGAAAAACAUCUUGAUGAUUAUCAAACAACAUGGAAUGGUGUACGAGAAUUAUGGGAUGUUGAUAAAGAACGUUUUAUUGCACGUUAUGAAGAACGUUGUCCAGAUGCAUCAUUUUUCGAUGCUGAUAUUAAUCGUUAUACUGAAGUUGCUAAUAAUGUACAAUCACGUGAUACAUUUGCAACAGUUCAAUUUGUACUUAUCGAUUGUUCACCAUUGAAAAAUGCUUUAGUUGUUCAUUGUUUACAAUGGCAAGCAAAAUUAACUGCUCUUUUAUUGAAAUUAGCAACAAAUGGUUUAGAACAAUUAGCAAAUUAUAUCGAAGAGAAUAGUGCUAGUGUUCUGAUGACACCAGAAAAUCAUUAUGGACUUGAAGCUAAACAAAAAUUAUUAGAAACAUUACAACAAGAUAUACCUAUCUAUGAAGCCAAAUUUGCACCUUUACAAGAACAAUUUGCUUUACUUGAAAAAUAUGAAAAACCUGUUCCAUCUAGUACUCGUGAUAUGCUUGCACAAUUAGAUGAACGUUGGCAACAUUAUCUUCAAUGUUUAACUGAAAGUGAAGAAAUGUUGAAAAAAUUACGUGAAAAAUUUAAAUCAAAAUUAUUACAACAAUCAGAAGAUUUUAAAAAGAGUGUUAGUGAACUUGUAUCAGAUUUUAAAACAAAUGGUCCAUUUACAUCAUCAACAACACCUGAAGAAGCACUUAAUCAAAUCGAUGCUAUGAAACAACGUUUAACAAAAUUAAAAGAAGAAGAACAAGAACUUCGUCGUGGUCUUGGAAUAUUUCGUAUUGAUCAUCCAUUAUCAAAAGAUAUACAAAAUCUUGAAAAAGAUAUUGAAGCAUUAGAAGGUAUAUGGACAAUGGCACAUGAAUGGAAUCAAAUGUUUGAUAAAUGGAAAUUAACAACAUUUGGAAAUCUUCAAACACAAGUUAUGGAAGAUUAUGCACAAGCACAAUAUAAAAAAUUACAUAAAUUAUCAAAAGAUUUUCGUGAAAAAAAUUGGGAAAUAAUUGAUUCAACAAAAAGUCGUGUUGAUCAAUUUCGACGUACAAUGCCUUUAAUGAAAGAUUUACAUAAUAAAGAUAUGAGAGAUCGACAUUGGAGACGUAUUAAAGAUGACUCACAAAAAGAAUUUGAUGAAUCAUCAGAAGAUUUUACAUUAGAAGCUAUAAUUAAUAUGCAUUUUGAAGAAAAUGCACAAUUAAUUAAUGAAGUUAGUGAAGCAGCACAAAAAGAAGCACAAAUUGAACGUGGUAUUGAAAAAGUUAAAGAACAAUGGGAUAAAGUUGAAUUUGAAAUUAUACCAUUUAAAGAUAAAGGUCAUUAUAAAAUCAAAUCAACUGAAGAAAUUAAUAAAACUAUUGAAGAACAUCAAGUAUCAUUAUCAACAUUUAAAGCAUCUCGUUUUAUUAAACCAUUUGCUAAAGAAGUUGAUAAAUGGGAACGUGAUAUAUCUCAUGUACUUGAAGUAACUGAAUUAUGGUUAACUGUUCAACGACAAUGGUUAUAUCUUGAAAAUAUAUUCUAUGGUGAAGAUAUUCGUCGACAAUUAGCUAAAGAAACUGCUUUAUUUGAUGAAGUUAAUGAAAAAUGGAAAUCUGUUAUGACAACAUUAAAUCAAUCACCAAAUGCAUUUCAUGCAACACAUUUAGAAGGUGUUGAUAAAGAAUUACAAUAUAUGAAUUUAAAUCUUGAAGAAAUUCAAAAAUCUUUAGAAAUGUAUUUAGAAAAUAAACGUCGACAAUUUCCAAGAUUUUAUUUUAUAUCAAAUGAUGAUUUACUUGAAAUCUUAGGUCAAUCAAAAAAUCCACCAGGUGUUAUGCCACACAUGAAAAAAUUAUUUGAUAAUAUAAAAACAUUAACAUUAGUUAAAACAACUUCUAAUGCACCAAUGGCUGCAACAGAAAUGCGUUCAAAUGAAGAUGAAGUUGUUCCAUUUGAUGGUCAAGUUUUACUUGAUGGACAAGUUGAAAAAUGGUUACGCGAUGUUGAAAAUAAAAUGAAAGAAGUUGUUAAACGUAAAGUUUUUGCAUGUCGUCAUGAUCUAUCAAAUUGUGGUACAAAACGUGAAAAAUGGUUAAAAUCUCAUCCAGGUCAAGCAUGUAUAACAGCAAGUCAAAUACAAUGGACAGAAGAAGUACAAAAAUCUUUACGUGAUAAUGUAUUAAAAUUACGUACAGAUAGAAAAAAACAACAUCUUGUUUUAAGAAAUUUUACUGAUAUGAUUAAAAAAAAUUUAACAAAACUUGAACGUAUUAAACUUGUUUCAUUAGUUACAAUUGAAAUACAUGCAAGAGAUGUUAUUAAUGAUUUAAUUAAAAAUCAAAUUAAAACUGAAUCAUCAUUUGAAUGGCAACAACAAUUAAGAUUUUAUUGGAGAAAAGAUGAGAUUAUUAUUGAACAAGCUAUUGGAAGAUUUUGGUAUGGUUGUGAAUAUUUAGGAAAUUCAGGAAGAUUAGUUAUUACACCAUUAACUGAUAGAUGUUAUAUGACUUUAACUAUUGCUUUAUCGUUAUGUCGAGGUGGAUCACCAAAAGGACCUGCUGGUACUGGUAAAACUGAAACAGUUAAAGAUUUAGGUAAAGCUAUGGCAUUUUAUGUUAUUGUUACAAAUUGUUCUGAUGCAAUUGAUUAUAAAUCAAUGGGUCGUAUGUUUUGUGGUUAUUGUCAAACAGGUGCUUGGGGUUGUUUUGAUGAAUUUAAUCGAAUUAAUAUUGAAGUACUUUCUGUUGUUGCUCAACAAAUAACAUCAAUAUUAAAUGCAAUGACAACACUUAAAAGUGAUAUUGAAAGUGCUAUACGUGCUAAAACAAAUAUGUCUGAAGAAGAUGCAUUUGCAACAAUUGAUAAACGUUAUUUAAGUAAAAAAUUUACAUUUCAAGGACAAGAUAUUGAUCUUGUUUGGUCAUGUGGUUUAUUUAUUACUAUGAAUCCAGGUUAUGCCGGUCGUACUGAAUUACCUGAUAAUUUAAAAUCAAUGUUUCGUCCAAUAUCUAUGGUUGUACCAGAUAGUAAUUAUAUUGCUGAAAUUAUUCUUUUUGGUGAAGGUUUCUCAGAUACACGUUUACUUGCUACAAAAGUUUAUACACUUUAUCAAUUAUGUGCACAACAAUUAUCAAAACAAGAUUUUUAUGAUUUUGGUCUUCGUUCAAUGGCUGCUGUUCUUCGUUAUGCUGGCCGUAAAAAACGUGAUUCACCACAUUUAAAAGAUGAUCAAGUUGUUAUAUUAGCUAUGAAAGAUAUGAAUGUAGCUAAAAUGACUGAACCAGAUUUACCAUUAUUUAAUGGAAUUGUAUCAGAUUUAUUUCCUGAUAUUGAUACACCAAUAAUUGAUUAUUCAAAAUUUAAAGCUGCUAUUGAAAUUGAACUUGCUGCACAACAUUUACAAAGUACAAAUCAUACAGUAACAAAAGUUAUACAAUUAUUUGAAACAAAAAAUUCUCGACAUUCUGUUGUACUUGUUGGUUGUACACAAUCAGGUAAAACAUCUAUAUGGCAAACAUUAAAACGUUCAAUGACAAGAAUAGCAACACAAGAUUCAUCAGAUGCAUUAUUUCAACGUGUACAAGAAUAUCCAAUUAAUGCUAAAUCAAUAUCAAUUAAUGAACUUUAUGGUGCAUCAGAUUUAUCAACUGGUGAAUGGAAUGAUGGUAUACUUUCGAAUAUAAUGCGAACGGCUUGUGCAGAUGAUAAACCUGAUCAAAAAUGGGUUUUAUUCGAUUGUCCUAUUGAUGCUGUUUGGAUUGAAUCAAUGAAUUCCGUUAUGGAUGAUAAUAAAAUUUUGACAUUAACUAAUGGUGAACGUAUUGCUAUGCCAGAACAAGUUACACUUCUUUUUGAAACUGGUGAUAUGGCUGUUGCAUCACCUGCUACAGUCUCACGUUGUGGUAUUGUCUUUUGUGAUUAUGAUAAUCUUUCUUGGCGUCCAUAUAUAACUUGUUGGAUAAAUCGAAAAUCUAAAGAAUAUCAUGAACCAUUAACAUAUUUAACAAAUAAAUAUUUAAAACCUAUUAUACAAUUUAAACAACAAAAUUGUAAAGAAUUAAUACCAAUAGCUGAAUUAAAUGGUGUACGUUCAUUUUCAUAUUUAUUUGAUUCAUUAGCAACAAAAGAAAAUGGUGUUGAUCCAUCUGAUGAAGAUAAUUUUUCACGUUUAACUGAAUUAUGGUUUUUAUUUUCAACAAUAUGGUCUGUUUGUGCAUCAGUUGAUGAAGAUAGUCGUAAAAAAAUUGAUACAUUUAUACGUGAAUUAGAAGGUACAAUACCAAAUAAAGAUAGUAUUUAUGAAUAUUAUGUUGAUCCUAAACAACGUGCAUGGUUAUCAUGGGAAGAUAAAUUACGUAGUGGUUGGAAAUUAAAUUCUGAAAUACCAUUUUAUAAAAUAAUUGUACCGACUGUUGAUACAGUACGUUAUAAAUAUAUUGUUUCAUCACUUAUUAAACAAGGUCAUCCAUGUUUAUUAUGUGGUCCUGUUGGUACAGGUAAAACAUCUGUUGCACAUGCUGUUAUGUCAGAAUUAGAUGCAAGAGAAUAUUCAACAUUAAUUAUAAAUAUGAGUGCACAAACAUCAUCAAAUAUUGUACAAGAAAUUAUUGAAGCACGUGUUGAAAAACGUGUUAAAGGUGUUUAUGUACCUAUUGGUGGAAAGAAAUUAUUAAAUUUUAUGGAUGAUUUUAAUAUGCCAGCUAAAGAUGAAUAUGGUUCACAACCGCCAUUAGAAUUAUUAAGAUUAUGGCUUGAUUUUGGAUUUUGGUAUGAUAGAAAAAAUCAAACAGUUAAAUAUAUAAAAGAUAUGUUGUUAUUAGCUGGUAUGGGUCCACCAGGUGGUGGUCGAACAGUAAUUAGUCCACGAUUACAAAGUCGAUUUAAUUUAAUUAAUAUGACAUUUCCAUCUGCAACAGAAAUUCGGCGAAUAUUUGGUUCAAUGAUUUCUCAACGUUUAGCAGAUUUUGAUGAUGAUUUUAAAUCAUUACCAGAUGCAUUAACAUCAGCAACAAUUGAAAUGUAUGAAACUAUUGUACAAAAAUUUUUACCAACACCAACAAAAAUUUAUUAUUUAUUUAAUUUACGUGAUAUAUCAAAAAUUUUUCAAGGUUUAUUACGUGCUGAUAGAAAAUUAAUUACAUCAAAACAAACAAUGAUUCGUUUAUGGAUUCAUGAAUGUUUUCGAGUUUUUGCUGAUCGACUUAAUGAUGAUAAAGAUCGUGAACAAUUUAGUGCAAUUUUAAGUGAAAAAUUAGGUACUCAUAUGGAUGUAACAUUUCAUUCUAUAUGUCAAAAUCGUAUUCCACCAACAUUUGGUGAUUUUGUUAAUCAAGAUGAAAUCUAUGAAGAUUUAAUUGAUUUUGAUAAAUUAAAAAUUCAUAUGGAAAAAGUUCUUAAAGAUUAUAAUGAAACACCAGGUACUGUACCAAUGGAUUUAGUUCUAUUUCGUGAUGCUAUAUUACAUAUAACACGUAUUGUACGUGUUAUUCGACAACCACGAGGUAAUAUGUUAUUAAUUGGUAUUGGUGGAUCUGGAAGACAAUCAUUAGCUAAAUUAUCAUCAUUUAUAUGUAAUUAUGGUGUAUUUAAAAUUGAAAUAGCAAAAAAUUAUCGUCGAAAUGAAUUUCGUGAAGAUUUAAAACGUUUAUAUAAACUAGCAAGUGUAUCAAAUCGUGAAACAACAUUUAUAUUUGUUGAUACACAAGCUGUUGAAGAAACAUUUUUUGAAGAUAUUAAUAAUAUUUUAAGUUCAGGUGACGUACCAAAUUUAUUUCGACCAGAUGAACUUGAAGAAAUAAAAACAUCAAUGGCAACAGAAUUAAAAAAAGAAGGAGUUGAUGAAGAUAAUAAUCAAGAAGUUUAUGCAUUUUUACUUGAUCGUGUUAAAGCAAAUUUACAUAUGGUUGUUUGUAUGAGUCCAGUUGGAGAAGUUUUUCGAAAUCGUAUUCGUAUGUAUCCAUCAUUAGUUAAUUGUACAACAAUUGAUUUAUUUGCUGAUUGGCCACAAGAUGCUUUACUUGAAGUUGGUGAACGUUAUCUUUCUCAAAUUGAAUUAGCUGGUGAUGAGAAGUUUCGUCUAUCGAUUGCUCAAAUAUUUGCUACAGUACAUAGUUCUGUUUAUCAAUGUUCAAUACAAAUGUGGGAUGAAAUGCGUCGACGAAAUUAUGUAACACCAAGUAAUUUUCUUGAAUUAACAACUGGUUAUCGAAAACUUUUAUAUGAAAAACGUAAAGAAUUAUGUGAUGCACGUGAUAAAUUAACAAAUGGUUUAGGUAAAAUUGAAGAAGCCAAAAUACAAGUUACAGAAAUGUCAGUUGAACUUGAAAAAAAACGUGCUUUAGCUAAUGAAGCACAAAAAAAAUGUGAAGAAUCAUUAGGUGGUCUUGUUAAUGAACAACGUGAAGUUGAACAAAGUAAAGCAACAGUUGAAAAAUUAAAAGAACGUGUUAAAAUUGAUGAAGAAAAAGCAUCAACUAUAGCUCAAGCUGCUCAAGAAGAUUUAGCAGCUGCUAUGCCAGCACUUGAAGCAGCUAAUACAGCUUUACAAUCAUUAACUAAAAGUUCAAUUACAGAAGUUAAAAGCUAUGGACGACCACCAGUACCUGUUGAAAAAGCAUUAGAAGCUGUUAUGAUACUUAGAAAUUCAGAACCAACAUGGGCAGAAGCUAAACGACAAUUGGGUGAUACAACAUUUAUUAAUCAAUUAAUUGAUUUUGAUAAAGAUAAUAUUCCAGAUAAAACAAUUAUGAAAAUAGGAAAAUAUACAUCUGAUCCAUUAUUAUCACCACAAGAACUUUUACGAGUAUCAGUUGCUGCUUCUGGUCUAUUUGCAUGGGUACGUGCUAUGGAAGAUUAUUCAAAAAUAUUUAAAACAGUUAAACCAAAACGAGAUCGAUAUGAAGCAGCUAUGGCUGAAUUAAAUGAAAAACGUGCACAAAUAGCAGAUGCUGAAAGACAAAUUCAAGAAGCACAAAAACGUCUUGAUGAAUUACGUGCUAAUUAUGAAAAACAAAUGGCUGAAAAAGAACAAUUACGUCGUGAUUGUGAACAUAUGCAGAUGAUGCUUGAAAAAGCUUCACGUCUUAUAAAUGGUUUAGCAAGUGAAAAAGUACGUUGGGAAGCAACUGUUGCUGAUCUUGAACAACAAAUAAGUUAUGUUACUGGUGAUUGUUUAUUAGCUGCGGCUUUUCUUUCAUAUAUGGGUCCAUUUCUUUCACAAUAUCGUGAUCAUAUGAUGAAUGAAAUUUGGUUUAAAGAAAUUAAAAAAUUAUCUAUACCAUGUAAUCCAUCAUUUAAUUUUGCAAAUUUUCUAUCAAUACCAACACAAGUACGAGAUUGGAAUAUUCAAGGUUUACCAUCUGAUACAUUUUCUACAGAAAAUGGUGUUAUUGUUACACGUGGAACACGUUGGCCAUUAAUGAUUGAUCCACAAGCUCAAGCUAUAAAAUGGAUAAAAAAUAUGGAAAUGUCAAAUAAUUUACGUCUUAUUGAUCUUCAAACACCAGAUUAUUUACGUAUUAUUGAAGAAUGUAUUCGUUCUGGUCGUCCAUGUCUAUGUCAAAAUGUUAAAGAAGAACUUGAUCCAUCAUUAGAUCCUGUUUUAACACGUGCUGUUAAACGUAUUGGUGGCGUUGAUAUAUUAAAAUUAGGUGAUCGUGAAAUUGAAUAUAAUAAAGAUUUUCGAUUUUAUAUGACAACAAAAUUACCUAAUCCACAUUAUGCUCCUGAAAUAUCAUCAAAAGCAAAUAUAAUUAAUUUUGCUGUUAAAGAACAAGGUUUAGAAUCUCAAUUACUUGGUAUUGUUGUACGUGAAGAAAAACCUGAAUUAGAAGCUGAUAAAGAUAAAUUAGUACGUGGUAUUGCAGCUGGCAGAAAAAAGCUUAUUGAACUUGAAGAUCAAUUAUUAAGAUUAUUAAAUGAAACAAAAGGUUCAUUAUUAGAAAAUGAUGAAUUAUUAUCAACACUUGAAAUAUCAAAACAAACAGCUAAAACUGUACAAGAACAAUUAGUAACAUCUGAAGCAACAGAAAAAGAUAUUGAUGCUGCUCGAGAAAAUUAUCGACCAUGUGCUGAACGUGCAUCAAUUUUAUUUUUUGUUCUUAAUGAUUUAGGAAAAAUUGAUCCAAUGUAUCAAUUUUCUUUAGAUGCAUAUAUUGAUUUAUUUAAUACAUCAAUUAAAAAAAGUCAAAAAUCUACUAAACUUGAAGAACGUUUAAAUAAAUUAAAUGAAUUUCAUACAUAUGCUGUUUAUAAAUACACUUGUCGUGGUUUAUUUGAAGCACAUAAAUUAUUAUUUUCAUUUCAAAUGUGUGUUAAAAUUCUUGAAGCUGCUGGAAAAAUAAAUAUGGAUGAAUAUCAAUUUUUCUUACGUGGUGGUAUUGUUCUUGAUCGUGAAUCACAAAUGGAUAAUCCAAAUCCUCAAUGGUUAGCUGAUUCAUCAUGGGAUAAUAUAACUGAAUUAGCUAAAUUAGCAAAUUUUCAUGGUAUUAUUGAAUCAUUUGAACAAUAUCCAAGAGAUUGGUUUCAAUGGUUUCAAUCAGGUGAACCUGAAAAUACACCGAUGCCAGGUGAAUGGGAUUCUGUAAAUGAAUUACAAAAAAUGUUAAUUGUUAGAAGUUUACGUUCCGAUCGUGUACCAUUUUGUGUAACAAAAUUUAUAAUUAAUAAUUUAGGUUCAAAAUUUGUUGAACCACCUAUACUUGAUUUAAGUUCAGUUUAUGAAGAUUCAUUACCUAAAACACCAAUUAUAUUUGUUUUAUCACCUGGUGUUGAUCCAUCAGCUAAUUUAUCAGCUUUAGCAGAAAAAAUGGAUUUUAGAAAAAAUUUUCUACCAUUAUCACUUGGUCAAGGGCAAGCACCAAUAGCUACACAAAAUAUUGCUGAAGGUAUUCGUGUGGGUCGAUGGGUAUUUCUUGCAAAUUGUCAUUUAUCAUUAUCAUGGAUGCCUGAUUUAGAAAAAAUUGUUGAAAAUCUUUCAAUUGAAAAAGUACAUCCACUAUUUCGUUUAUGGUUAUCAUCAUCUCCAUCACCACAAUUUCCUAUAUCAAUACUUCAAUCUGGUAUAAAAAUAACAACAGAACCACCUAAAGGUAUUAAAGCAAAUAUGAAACGUUUAUAUGCAUUAAUUGAUGAACAAGAUUUUGCGGAAAAAAAUCGUCAAACACGUCCAGAAAAAUAUAAACGUUUAUUAUUUUGUCUUUGUUUUUUUCAUUCAUUAUUAUUAGAACGUAAAAAAUUUCUUCAACUUGGUUUUAAUAUUAAUUAUUCAUUUAAUGAUUCUGAUUUUGAAACAUCAAAUUUAAUUAUGGGUAAUCUAUUACGUGAUCAAGAUAUGACACCAUGGAAAGCAAUGAAAUUUAUUAUAUCAAAAAUAAAUUAUGGUGGUCAUGUUACAGAUACACGUGAUAUGCGUGUAUUAAAUACAUAUAUUGAAGAUUUAUUUAAAGAAGAAGUUAUUGAUCCACAAGUACAAUAUUAUAAAUUAACAAAAUUACCUAAUUAUUAUAUACCACGUGAUGGAUCAUUAAAUGAAUAUAAAAAUGCUGUUGCAACUGUUUUACCAAAUUCUGAUAAUCCCGAAGCAUUUGGACAACAUACAAAUGCUGAAGUUGCAUCACAAAUUCGUGAAGCACGAAUGUUAUUUGAAACAUUAUUAUCAUUACAACCACAAGUUGUUGCUGUACAAGGUAAAAAAACAACUGAAGAAGAAGUUAUGGAAAUGUCAACACGUGUAUUAGAACAAUUACCGGAAAAAAUUGAUUAUCAAUCAACAGUUAAAAUUUUAUCUGAAGAUCAUUCACCAUUAAAAGUUGUUUUAUUACAAGAAAUUGAACGUUAUAAUUUAUUAUUAGAUAUUAUAAGACAAUCAUUAAUAUCAUUACAAAAAGGUAUUAAAGGUCUUGUUGUUAUGUCAUCAGAUUUAGAAGAAAUUUUUCGAUGUAUACUUGAUGUACGUGUACCAACACAAUGGCAAAAAAUGUAUCCAUCAUUAAAACCAUUAGCAGCAUGGACACGUGAUCUUGUACAACGUGUUGAUCAAUUAGCCAAAUGGGCUGAAAGUGCUCAUGCACCAGCCAUUUUUUGGAUGUCUGGUUUUAGUUUUCCAACUGGUUUUCUAACAGCUGUUAUGCAAACAACAGCACGUGGAACAAAAAUUAGUAUUGAUCGUUUAAUAUGGGAUUUUGAAGUGAUGAAAGUUGAAGAUAAUUAUUUACAAACACCUAAAGAUGGUGUUUAUGUAAAAGGUUUAUUUUUAGAAGGUGCAGGAUGGGAUAAAAAAAAUGCAUGUUUAAUUGAAGCUGAACCUAUGCAAUUAGAAGUAUCAAUGCCAACAAUUUUAUUUCGACCUACAGAAAACAAGAAAAAAACUUUAGCGACUGAAGAAGAUCGUGAAAGAAAAACAGAUGUAUAUUCAUGUCCAGUUUAUUAUUUUCCAAAUCGUGCUGGUGGUUUUGGUCAUCCAUCAUUUGUUGUUGAAGUUAAUCUUAAAACACCACAUUUUCCAAAUAACCAUUGGGUAAAACGUGGUGCAGCAUUACUAAUGAGUUUAGAUAGAUAA